AGGACGACAGACGUCAGAUCGUGUGUCAUAUUUAUAUGUUUUAUGUUAUAACCUAAAAAUUUGCUUUGUUUACAAAAACAACCAAGUAUUCAAGUAAUAUAGAAAACAACGGAUAUUUAUUCUAACCUUACCAGUGAGCUUUCUUAAAUCUUGUAUUCAUAUUUACAUUAAUAUUACUAUAAGGAUGUUGAAAAUAUUAAGGAGAAACGUAAAAACUUUAUUUAAAUAUCAAAGUGUUGUUGAAUCAAAAAGACCAUUUUACUGUGGGGUUUGUUUAAAUAAUCCUAGAAACCCUCCAAAUAAGCCUUCACCGGGUAUAGCUAGUAAAUAUCAAAUUCUAUCAGAAUCUAACUCGCCUGUUAUUGAACAUACAGCAGAUGAAAACUAUACUAUGGAAAAUAAUUAUCCAAUCCUUAGUGACGAGUUUGAUGGCAUAAAUUUAGAACGAGGCAAAAAUGGUGUAUUUGACAUUGAGGACUUAGUGGAACUACUGCAAAGAGAAAACUCAAAAGAUAUAUUUGUUGCUACUGUGCCAAAAGAAAUAAACUAUGUAGAAUAUAUCUGUGUUGUUAGUGCCAGAAGUAAGAGACAUAUUCAGGCAUUAGCUGAAUUCGUAAGGAAGGUUUAUAAGAGAAAAUGUAAUAAAUCUGAUCACAUACCUAGACUAGAAGGUAAAAAUUCUUAUGAAUGGAUUGCUUUAGACUUAGGUAAUAUAGCACUACACAUUUUCUCAGACAAAGUAAGACAGGUGUAUGAUCUGGAGACACUAUGGUCAGUUGGGGGAGAGUUUGAUAAACAGAUCAACAAAAGCAGCGAUGUUGUUGACAUAUUAGAAAAUUACAGCUCAUAUUUGAAGGACCUGAAACCAUUGGCUUAACUAUAUAUUAUAGAAUAAACUAGUGUACUGUUUGUAUUGUAGAUAUGUACAGAAACCUAACACAAUAAGGAACAUAAUGUUUACUAUGAAAUCAACUAUCUAAGUAGUUAAAUAAAGAUCCCAUUGAAAGUCUCAUAUAAAAUGUUUAUUCUCCUUAAUUACAAUUAAGAUACAAUAUGUAUGAAUUCUGAAUUACAUAACUUAAUCAUAAAAUAAAACAGUAUAAUUAAAAUUAAUCAAUUCCUAUAUUGUACAGUUAAAAGAAAAAGAAAUAUGUAUUGCCAUAAAAAGUGAUAUAGUUAUUUGCCUAUCUUAGUUAUUGAUUGACUAAGUUUACAUAUUUCACUUUGAUUACAAAAUAAUUUGGCAUAAUCAAUAAACAUCCUACGUCCAAUCUAAAUGCAUGUUUAAAUAAUUUUAAAAGAAAUGACUAAUACAUUUACACCACAAUCACAAAUGCCUUAUUUCAGUCAAAAGACAAUUUUUCCAAUACUAUUAAUAAUCUAUAUAUACUAAGCAACUCAGCUUUGGAAGCAAUCUAUCAAUAUUAGUGCUUCUUAUUUAUAAGAACUUAUAAUAAACUGGAAGCUUAAUGUAAAAAGAAAAAAGUCAGUGACAAUUAGUAUGGGUAUAAUACAAAAAUAUUGGACCACAA